AAUGUACGGCAAGUUCUAGUAGUACAGAAUUAAUAACAGUGUUUAUUGGAUUAUCUUUAUAGAAUAACAUACAACAACGGUACAAGGCGUCAGAAAGUUAUUGCGUGUUUUGCUCGUCACAUAACCGUUACUAGAGAAGGACAACAUUAUGUUUAUUGUUUCUACAGUUACUAGUGAAUCUGAUGCAAUAUGCGAUUGCUUACCUGAAGCAACUAUGUGGCAAAUUAAUAAAAUUCAAACAAUUGAGAUAGUUUUAGUUUUCACUGGCGAGAACCAGUUUCUAAUGAGGUGGUCUUUCACGUUCCAUGCAUCCUAAAUUACCUGUUGAUCAGGUUAGUAUUAGGCGACGCGGUGUACAUAGUUAAAGUGCGUGUGCAGAAAUGCGGGCCACGCUCUUUGCCUGGUGCAAAAAGGCGUCAUGUGUAAACCUGUACAUUCUUUCUAAAACAUUAAACGUUCUCUUUGAGCUGUUGCUUAUUUGAAUUCUGUCAGCUGGCCCGGCUUUCUUCACCGAGAGAGAGACUGACAGACAGACAGACAGACUGCAGACUCAAUGUAUUCAAACAUACUUAGACGUCUAUUGCCAGGAUUUACAUUUCCUACUGAUGGAGAUAUGCAGGACUACCUGCUGGAUCUUAGCCUCAUACAAAAGAAGGAUGGGUUGCUGGUGUCCUGGUAUCACUCUGCUAACAACAAGAGUGAGAUGGAGAAAGCUUUGAAAAGUGAUGCAAUGGUCCUGGAGGCAGAUGUUAACAUUGAAGGUUACAACACAGAUGGCCAGACAAGCAUCCCAAUCAUGGCCCACCCACCUGACAUCUAUAGCGAUAACACUCUCCAGGAGUGGCUGGAUGCAGUUCUCAAGUCCAAUAAAGGUAUUAAGUUGGAUUUUAAAACCAUCGAGUCAGUUGGUCCCUCUCUGGAUAUUUUAAAAAAGAAAGCUUUGGAAAGUGGCAUUAACAGACCUGUCUGGUUGAAUGCGGAUAUUCUCCAUGGCCCAAAUGUUCCUGGUUUUAUAGAAGUAGUGAAUGCUACUAGUUUUUUGAACCUCAUUCAGGAGAAGUUCCCCAAUGCUACAAUCUCACCUGGUUGGCAAGUGCUGUAUGUAUCCCUGCUGCCCAACAAGACAUACACACGCGCCAUGGUGGAAGAUAUGUACGAACUCCUGAAGAAUGUUACCCAGAAAGUCACCUUCCCUAUCCGAGCUGUCAUGGGUAAAAAUGCCUGGCCACACUUCAAAUGGCUGCUGGAACAGUCCCCCAGCUACAGCCUGACGUUGUGGCAGGAAAAGGACGAUCCUGUCACUGUGGAGGACCUUCUGUUCAUCCGGGACAACAGCCAGCCUGAUCAGAUCUACUAUGACAUCUACGACCCAGUCUUAUCAGCCUUCAAAGAAGUGGCAUUUCAACCAAACAGGAGUAGACGGUUUUACUCUGGAGGAAACCUGAUUGAUUACUUUAAGCCUCGGAACUCAGAUGGGAUCUACAUCCAAUGGCACAGCAUUGACAACAGGAUCACACUGAUGACUUUGCUUAAAGAAGGAGACAGCGGGAUGCUUGUUGUACCAGUCGGAGAAACACAAAGCAAUCCUGGGGUUCCGACGGUAGACGGCUCAGACGUGGACUUUCAGCUGCAGGAGUGUUUAGAUCUUAUACUUGUAUCCCCCAAACCAUGGGGUAUAUACCUGAAGAUCAAAUCUCAAGAACUACUCUCACCAUCGCUCGCUUUACUGAAGCAUUUAAAUGAGAGGAAAUUCCUUUAUAACCCAACUUGGAUAAACAUGGACGUUUCAUAUGGUAGAUUUGCAACUCCUGGGUAUAUUGGAGGGGAUCAAUUUAUAAAGGAAAUUAACAAGGUGUUUCCAUAUGUAACUAUAGCUCCUGGCUGGCCAAAAGAGCUACUAGUCCAGGGCUAUACAAAGCCUCUAGUAGAAGAUAUGAUGAGUCUUUGCAAGGGACUGUGGCAAGAGGUGUCUUACCAGCUGCAAGCUGUGCCCCUUGGUAAAUCACUGUUGGCAAUUCAGAUGCUACAGCAGAGUUCACCUCGACACUCCUUGACAGUAGAACACCAGCUGGAACAGGGGAGCUACAUGACUGGUUAUAAGGGACUGAUCUUAGUUCGUGGAAGGAACACAGACAAAGUUUUUUACAAUCUGCACAAGGAGUACAGUAAUAAUUUUGCAAGAGACGUCUUUACAUCUUAGAAGUGAAAUGGUUAUGAACACAAGCAGUAAUUACUAUUAAAAAAUGUAAUAUUAUAACGUUUAGAAAAAUCAAUGCAUGUUCUAAUUAAUCUGCAACUUUAAAUUGUUUUCUUUCGUUUUUAAGGGGAGACACUUUUUGUAGUGACAAAACAAUUUUGAAAGAUAUUUUACAACUGUCUGGAAUUAAAAUGGCAAAGCCUUACAAACCAGCUACACAAAUAAAUGAUUUGUUACCAAA